UCCUGGGCUUUAAAAACGGGAAGAAGAAAAAAAAAAAUAAAAAAAGAAAAAAAAAAAAAAAGUCUAGCUAAGCGUGUCCUGUCCUGUCCGGAGGUUCGGGGCCAUACCCGGGUGCCGCCGCUGCCCGCGCCGACACCAUGAAGGCUCAGCCCGCGGCAGCCUCCGUCCUCUGCCUGUGCCUGGUGCUGGCGGCCUGCGCCGCCUCCGCCGCGGGAGGGCUCGGAAAGGGUUUUGGAGAUCAUAUUCAUUGGAGAACACUGGAAGAUGGGAAGAAAGAGGCAGCAGCAAGUGGUUUGCCUCUUAUGGUUAUCAUACACAAGUCCUGGUGUGGAGCUUGCAAAGCUUUGAAGCCAAAGUUUGCUGAAUCCAAGGAGAUCUCUGAACUUGCCCAUAAUUUUGUUAUGGUCAACCUUGAGGAUGAUGAAGAGCCAAAGGAUGAAGCCUUUAGUCCUGAUGGAGGUUAUAUUCCCAGAAUCCUUUUCAUGGACCCCAGUGGAAAAGUCCAUCCAGAAAUCAUAAAUGAGAGAGGAAACCCCAGCUACAAGUAUUUCUAUACCAACGCUGAUCAAGUUGUCCAAGGGAUGAAGGAGGCCCAGGAGAAGCUGACAGGUGAUGCUUUCAAACAAAAGCACCUGGGAGAUGAACUAUAAUGAAUACACUGAGUGAUACAUUUUCAUCACUUCAAAACUGAGAGGAAAUGAUUAAACAGACCAGGAAUGUAGAUGCACUGAAGGGACAUAAUUCCCCUGUCAGCAAUGUUAGGUUAAAAACCCUGUUGGAGUACACACACACACACACACACACACACACACACACACACACACACACACACACAGCAGUUACAGUGUUUUAUCUGCCUGGCAGUUUGCACUGUGGUGGUUCUUUGCAACUGGGUAAUGUGCAAACACAUCUCUGUGUGUGUUUGAGAAACCACUAAUAUUUGGUGUUAAAAGGGAGGUGUGUAGGGAACGCAGGAUUUGAGGACAAUGUGAUGGGAAAAACUAGAAGUAGCCAUCAUUUUGACACUAAUCAGGGUUGAAUCUCUCUUUUCUCACUGGUAUUAUGUGAUCCCAUAGUUUUUACAGGGCAUUCCCAUCACUGGGGCAUGUUCUUGGGCCAGUUGUUUUCUAGAUAUCCAAAACCAUGAAUUCUGCCACGACACCAAGUAGAAUACAUUUCAUGAAUGUCCAAAUAGCAUGUGAAUUAUCAGCUCUGCAAAUGUAUUAUUGUGUAAAACUGUGUGAUUCAUCUUUAUUUGCCUUUGGGCAGAAAUUUAACUUUUUUCUUAUGCACUCACCUUUUGAUUGUUCCAUCAAGUGAGGGUGGGUUAUGUUGAAGCUUUACGGGGUUUCCCCUUUUAUUCUUUGAAUGUUUUUGGCGAAUGCCUUGCCAUCACAUUGUACUGUAUUUUUGUACCAGGGUGAAAAAAUUAAACCUUUUUAAACAUAA